CACGCCGGACCAACCAGCGUGGAAAUCCCUGCACUCAGGCACGUAGCAGUAGCACACACAUUCACAAACGUGCUCUGACUGCUAUCAAACACCCUCAAGCUCACAGCAUCUGUGCUACAUCUCUGCUCUCCUCCUCUUCUCUUCCUCCUCCUCGAGCUCUCGUCCAUCUCUGUCCUCCGCAGCUCUGACUCAUUCAGCGAUUAUUAUUUCCAAACCGCAGCAAGCCAUACCACCCAACGCGGAAUAAUGUCCUCCAACCUGCCCCCCGGGACCGCAGCUGGGGCCAAAAGCAAACCCCUGUCCCCCUUCAGGAAGCGAGGCAGCCUUCAGUACACAGCCAGCACAGUUGAUCUCCGUGGUGCACGCCACCUCCUCACUUCCCAGCAUUCCUUGCCUGGUAUCCCUGUGGCCUUGAAACAAUCCAUUGAUCUGCGUACAUCCAUGGACGGGAAGUACAAGGAGAUAGCUGAGGAGCUGUUCUCCCGCACGCUGGCGGAGAGUGAAAUGCGCAGCGCUCCCUAUGAAUUUCCAGAGGACAGCCCCAUCGAACAGCUGGAGGAGAGACGUCACCGCCUCGAGCGACAGAUCAGCCAGGAUGUCAAGUUUGAACCCGACAUCCUCCUCCGAGCCAAACAGGAGUUCAUGAAGACUGACAGUGCCACAGACCUGGAAUACAUGAAGGAGCAGAGCCAAGCUUCUGACCUGCAAGAGAGAGAGCUGGUUAAAGAGAAAGAGUAUCAGCGUGUCACGAUCUCUGGAGAGGAAAAAUGUGGGGUUCCCUUCACAGAUCUGUUGGAUGCAGCUAAAUGUGUGGUGAAGGCUCUGUUCAUCAGACAGAAGUAUAUGGGUCUGUCACUGCAGAGUUUCUACAGGACCACUGCUCGCUACCUGCAGGAGCUGAGUGAGAGACCUCUGGACCUGGAAAUAUUUGCGGAGGAGGAGUUCCCAGAGACCACAGCCACCGCAGAUGCCACAGUGCACCCACCUGUUUCUGAAAAGCACCCAUAUGAGAACCAGGACCCUGCCAGCAUGCCCCCUGACAUGGGUUAUGGCUGCAAGAUGGUGGAUGGUGUCAUGCAUGUAUACACGGCGAGGAACGUCAUGGAAAAGAGCACAGAGCUGGAGCUUCCUUAUCCAGACCUGCAGGAGUACAUUGCAGAUAUGAACGUCAUGAUGGCCCUCAUUAUCAACGGACCAGUGAAGUCCUUCUGUUACCGACGUCUGCAGUACCUGAGCUCUAAGUUCCAGAUGCACGUCCUGCUGAAUGAGAUGAAGGAGCUGGCAGCACAAAAGAAAGUCCCACAUCGAGACUUUUACAAUAUCCGUAAGGUGGACACACAUAUUCAUGCCUCUUCCUGUAUGAACCAAAAGCACCUGCUGCGUUUCAUAAAGAGGGCCAUGAAGAAGUAUCCCAAGGAGAUUGUUCAUGUGGAGAACGGCAAGGGUCAGACGCUGAUGGAGGUGUUUGAGAGCAUGAACCUGACGGCCUUUGACCUGAGCGUGGACACACUGGACAUGCACGCGGACCGCAACACUUUUCAUCGCUUUGACAAGUUCAAUGCCAAAUACAAUCCCAUUGGAGAGUCCAUCCUGAGAGAGAUCUUCAUUAAAACAGACAACCAUAUUGAGGGGAAAUACUUUGGUCACAUUAUUAAGGAGGUGAUGGCUGACCUGGAGGAGAGUAAGUACCAGAAUGUGGAGCUCAGAUUGUCCAUCUACGGCCGCUCCAGAGACGAGUGGGACAAACUGGCAAAGUGGGCCGUCAAACAUCUCGUCUACUCCAAUAAUGUGCGCUGGCUGGUGCAAGUGCCUCGACUAUUUGACGUCUACCACACAAAGAAACAGUUGUCCAACUUUCAAGAGAUGUUGGAGAAUAUCUUCAUGCCUCUGUUUGAGGUUACAGUAGACCCCGGCAGCCACCCAGAGCUGCACCUCUUCCUACAGCACGUUUUGGGCUUCGACAGUGUUGACGAUGAGUCUAAACCAGAGCAACUCAUCUUCAAUCUGGACAGUCCGCUACCAGUCAACUGGACAGAGGAGGAGAACCCGCCCUACUCAUACUACCUCUACUAUAUGUAUGCAAACAUGACCGUGCUGAAUCACCUGCGCAGGCAGCGAGGGUUUCACACGCUUGUCCUGCGUCCUCACUGCGGGGAGGCGGGGCCGAUCCAUCACCUGGUGUCCGGUUUCAUGCUAUCAGAGAACAUCUCUCAUGGGCUGCUGCUCAGAAAGGCUCCUGUGCUGCAGUAUUUGUAUUACCUGGCACAGAUCGGCAUCGCCAUGUCUCCUCUGAGCAAUAACAGCCUGUUCCUCAGCUACCAUCGUAACCCUCUGCCAGAGUAUCUGUCCAGAGGCCUCAUGGUGUCUCUGUCCACAGACGACCCUCUGCAGUUUCACUUCACAAAGGAGCCGUUAAUGGAGGAGUACAGUAUUGCUGCUCAAGUGUGGAAGCUGAGCUCCUGCGACAUGUGUGAGCUGGCCAGAAACAGUGUGCUGAUGAGUGGCUUCUCUCAUAAGGUUAAAAGCUCAUGGCUCGGCCCAAACUACAUCGCAGAGGGGCAGGAGAGCAACGACAUCAGACGCACAAACGUUCCUGACAUCCGUGUGGCUUACCGAUACGAGACCAUGUGUGAGGAGUUAAAUCUGAUCACACAAGCUAUCCGCACAGAUGAGCUGGAGACCAUUGAGGAGGAGGGGAGUCUGUGUAUGGGAGCUGUGCAGGGAGAUAAAUGAACAUGCGACAACACUCUACAUUCCCUGUCUGCUCAUGAGGACUUUGUAUGCAUAUCAACAUAUCACACCUUCAAGGAGACGAACACUUGUUACAAGACGAUAUGAGAGUAACUAUCAGAGAGGACCUACGAUCUGUGUACCCAGUGUGUUGAUUUCCUCUAGUUUCUCUGAAUCAUGCUGUUUAAUUUCUCAUGGUGAUUUCACAAUGUCUUUUCAUCUAUUUAUUUUAAACUAUUGUUGUUAUAUGUAUCUGUCCAAAGUGUGCAUAUACUGAACAAUAUAGGCAUUCAAUUUUCAAAACAUUGAUGAAACUUCAUCAACAGUAUAUUUUAGAAGCUCAUUGUAGCAGUACACACGAUUUUGAGACAGUAUUUUAUUUUGAGUGUAGAAAUAAAUCAUGGUUUUCAGGAGCUGCUAGCUCCAGUGUUUCUCAGGUUCAAAUAUGAAUAAGCUGUAAAUGUAAGUAGAAAUCAAAUAAAGAAAAACAGGCUACACUUCACACAACCGUUCAUAGAUUGAGAUUAGUUUUAUUUUGUUUAGCAAAGCUUAUGCACAUAAACAAUAUAAAGCAGAAAAGGUUUUGCUCCAUGCAAAGCAGCCUGAAAUCUAUUCCUACAUUUAUACAAAUAUAGUCAGGAGAUUCCAUUUACAUUGGACAUAUGAUUGGCCGAUAAGAUUUGAAUACUGUUUGCAUCCUUUAACUGCACUCAUUUUAAAGCCUGUGCUGUUACAGUCAUGCCCUAUUUACAUAGAGUGUUUUGAUUGGACAGCACAAGAGGUUUCCUAGCAACCAAUAACUUCUCAUUAUUUUAAAGUGGCUAAAACGUAAUCCUGCAUUUUUAAUACUGGAACCUGAAUAGAUAAUCUAUUUAUUAAUAAUGUAGGAACAACUUUUCUAACACACACUUUCACACUCAUACAGUCAUAUUUAUGACUAUGACCUUCUUGGGAGUCGAUGUGAUUGAUGGAUGAAGACUUCUGUUCUGAUGACCUCAGACUUCCUGAAUCCAUGGCUACUACCUGCUUACCUAGUUAUAAAAUGUUUCAGUAAAAAUCUGUUUAGUAUUUACUGCAAAACUUCUCUAUCUUUUUGCCUGAGUCAAUUCCAUACAUCCCCAUAUAAUUAUCCACGGGACAAUACCUCAUGCUUUUCAACAAGCAGAAAACAAUCUACAGUAUUCCUGCAACUGUUACUGACAUCAACAUGUUUCCCAAAGCUGUUCUGUGUCAUAUUCUUGCUGUUUUUACAGCCUUUUGCAUGAAGGCACGUAUUUGUCUCUGUUGUGCAGUAAAGCUACCCAGAUGUAGCAUCUUAUUAUAGUACAUCUUAUUUUGUGGCAUUGUUUCUAUUGACAGUCUGAAGUGUUACUCUGAUCUGAUCCUCUGUGUCUGGACGUUUAAAACCAAAAAACAUUGACAAGUCAUAGUUCAGUGAAUCAUGCAUGAUGUGUUCUUCGGUUUCCAACCCUUGCACAAGUUCAACAGUUGCCAAAUUCAUGAAUAAACUAUUUUUUAGAGAACUACAGUCAACUUAGCCUGUCACACCCUUCAGUUUUUGGUCCUGAUGUUAUCUGUUGUGCUGUUUGUUGCUCAAAAGCUUGGCAUGUCGUUCUCAGAGAAUUAUGUGUGCUGUUUGUGAAAUAUUAUUUAAUUAUAUUUGUGUCAAAGAAAGAAUAAAAAAGUGUUUACAUCGUG